AUGAAGAUGUGCUCAGCUUGGGUUUUUUGCCUCGUCCUGUCCAUUACAGGUCUUGUGGCACCAGCAGAAGUUGUGACUGGAAGACUGAAUGGCAGAGUCACGUUACCUUGUACAUAUUCCGGGCCGGCAACCUCAAUGUGUUGGGGACGAGGCAGCUGUCCAUUAUCUAAGUGUAAUGAUAAGAUCAUCUGGACUGACGAAAACAAAGUGACCUGGAAUAAAUCUGACAGAUAUCAGUUAUUGGGGAACAUCGGUCAGGGGGACAUGUCCCUGACCAUUACUGGGGCCACUAAAAAAGAUGAAGGAACCUACUGCUGCCGUGUGGAGGUCUCUGGAUUGUUCAAUGAUGUGAAAAAAGAGAUGACAGUGAAGAUACAAGAAGAACCCCCAGUCACUGCAGUUUAUCAUCCUACAACUACAGAGCAAGAUAUGUUCACCAUGCUUGAAGAAUGUCCUGAUGAUACAGAAUCUUGAAUAAUCUUCAAUGGUAAAAGAAUCACGAACCAGCAUGAAAUGGACAAAUGGAUGCAAGAUUCAUAAAGUGAAAUUCUAAUGUCUAAUAAAA